AUGGCCUUUAGUCUUGACGUCGCAAACACCACCAUUCAUAACAUGGGCUACAAGGGUAUAGGGGAUGGCGACGACCGGGGCACACAGUUGGGGAUACCCGAGGAGAGUCCUUUUCGCACGGCUCCCCGGGAGAGUCAGGUCGACCCGUUGUGGGAUUUUGGAAAGGACGAGAUGAUUCGCCUGUGUCGGUUACAUGAGGAAGAAGUCGGCAUCAUGUAUCCUGUGAUCAAGAUACAGUCCGUUAUUGACCAUGUCCGCCACUUGGCAGCUUAUAUGGACUCGGCUAGGAAGCAGGGUCUUACACCCAGUUUCAACGACGAGAAGACACUCCAGCUCAAGAUUGUCAUGAGCUGCGCCCUGGUUGUAGAAGAGCACGGCCACAGCGAAAGGGCAUCCAAGCUGAUUGACAGCAUGGAGGCAAUACUCAACCGGAAGCUCAUGGUCGAGGCUGUUGACGUUGUGAGUCUUCCAGCGCUGGCCCUUCUUGCUGGCUACAGGUUUCUGGCCAACGAGGAGAUCCUCGCAUGGAGAGUCAUGGGUCAGGUUACUAGGUUAUGUCUGGAGAUGGGCAUCCACCGAACAACUGGCAUUGCCAAGAUUCGAGACGAAGAGGAAAGAAGGAUCGCUUUGAAUAGCUUCUGGUCGGCCUAUGUUUUGGAUAGAAGGUGGGCCUUCAACACAGGUCUGCCGUUCGUGGUUCCAGAUGAGGAGAUUGAUCCAGCUCUACCCAUGCCCGAAGAGUAUCCGUAUCUCGUCGCCAUGAUCACCUACUCAAGGUUGGGGGCCAAGGUUUGGCGCCAAGUUGCUCACUUCGGCCCUGUUCUGGCCCGCGAGCUCCGACACGAAGACAUGGAGCAGCUAGAUCAGGAAAUUCUGCAGUGGUAUGAAAAUGUCCCAGAAGAAGUCAAGCUUCGUGGCUGGGACAAGGAGAAGCAAAUGACGUCCACGCCGUCGUAUAACCUUCAGCGACUGCGUAUCUGGACAUAUCUUCGUUUCAAUCAGAUUCGUAUCUGGCUAUAUACACCGAUCCUUCACAGCGCUACAAGCAUAAUGAGCCAUUUGGCUCAGGCUCAACGUGUCGUCGACCUCGCAAAAGAUACGAUUCGCUAUCUUGGCCACCUUAACAACACCACGAACCUUUACCGCAAGAUCCAGGUCUUUUAUCACCAGUUUCUCACAUCCGCAAUAUCUGUCCUCUUCCUGGCCUCUGUCCACGCUCCAGUAAGGUUCAGUUCCACUUGCCGCGAGGAGUUCUACAUGGGGCUGGAGCUUGUCAAAGACCUUUCGGCCAAGAGCUGGGUAUCGCAACGGUUGUGGCGUACAAUCAGUUCGCUUAAAGAGGUCGCGCCGAGCAUUGGUUUGCGCAAUCAGUCGGAUGAGGAUGCCCAUAGCUCUGCGGCCCUGGCGAUGGCCGGCUUGGCCAGCGGGCAGGUGUCAACCAGCCCAGCCACAAUUGCCCCCUUUGGUCGUUCUUCCCUCUCGACGACGCCUACGAUGCAUCAACAACCAACACCCAAUUUGGAGACGGCACAAUCACCAAAUAACGGUGUUCGCAUUCAAACUGAAAUGAGUCGCAUUUUCGAGGGUUACAUGGGACUUAAUGGAAAUCCAGCUGGGGGAGAAGACGGCUUUGGGGAACAGCAAUCGAGUGCCAAUCUGCCCCCCAGUGCUUCAAGCCCCUACGUUGACAACGUCUUUUUCCACUUCAGGGAAAUGUUUUAG